AUGAGGCAAGCUAGGGGAUGGGGCAGGCGGGGAUGGGCAGACGGGAUGGGGCAGACGGGGAUGGGGCAGACGGGAUGGGGCAGACGGGAUGGGGCAGACGGGGAUGGGGCAGGGCGGGAUGGGGCAGGCGGGGAUGGGCAGGCGGGGGAUGGGGCAGGCGGGGAUGGGGCAGACGGGGAUGGGCAGACGGGGGAUGGGGCAGACGGGGAUGGGGCAGACGGGUAUGGGGCAGGCGGGGAUGGGGCAGGCGGGGAUGGGGCAGGCGGGGAUGGGGCAGGCGGGGAUGGGGCAGGCGGGGAUGGGGCAGACGGGGGAUGGGGCAGACGGGGAUGGGGCAGGACGGGGAUGGGGCAGACGGGGAUGGGGCAAGGGCAGGGGAUGGGGCAGGCGGGGAUGGGGCAGGCGGGGAUGGGGCAGGGGGGGGAUGGGGCAGACGGGGAUGGGGCAGACGGGGAUGGGGCAGACGGGGAUGGGGCAGACGGGUAUGGGGCAGAACGGCGCCACGUCACCGCAUCCAGCAUCAGCCGAGAGAGCGACGAGGAGGAGGAGGACGGGGUGACUGACGGUUCUAAGUCUGCGCGUGUGAACGCCGAAACGCCAGCAUCGGAAUCGUUUAACGCGCCCGAGCGACUGGCGGUACUAUCUAUGGCACUGGUGUUAAUCGUGGCGGUGGAAGUGGUAGUAUUAGUGGUGCUGGCGGUGUUUACAGUGGUGCCGCUCGUGCCUGACUUGGCGGCUGAGCCGCCGGCUGCGCCUCGUCUCAUGGUGGUGGAGGUGGUGGUGGUGCUGAAGGAAGUUGCUGCGAAGCUGCUGGCAUUGUCCACGGACUCGUCGUACAUUACAGGUUCGGAUUGCCGCGCCUGGAAGAGAGAACGGGAGGAGAGGUAA